UUUGCGUUUGGUUUCUCUACUUCACUUUUCCGCCAUAUUGGGGUUGAAACUUCAUGUAAAAGCGACAAGCAUGUUCGAAUUCUAUUGGCUGAGCUAAAAAUAGCAUGACCAAUCAGAAGAAAGACAGUUGUUUUGAGAAAAUUCGAAAAAUGGCGGAAAGAACAGUUUCGUCCAGGAUGUCUCUGAAAACACAAGAAUCAAUGCGCAGAAAGUUAGAAGAAUGGCGCAAAACAAAGGCGCAGAAACAGCUGAACUGUAAAACUCCUAUGAAGACAUCGAACCGUCAAGAAACGCACAUGAAACAACAGCCAAGCAUUAAAAAUAUAAGGAAAUCUAUGCCUUAUGGAUCAUCCUCCAUUCAUAGGGCAAAAGAAAACAAGKGUAAUCGGGAGCUGAAGAAAAAGUCUCUGAACGCUACAAGUACCACGAAAAGCAGUCUGACAGCUGGUCGGAAAUGGUUGAAAACACAAGAGGUUACUAAUGAAGAGCAAAACCCAAUCCCAUCUAAUCACUUGACAUUCAGUGAAAACCCACCAAAGAAUUUUUACACUGAAAGUGACAUUGGCCUCAACAAAUCCAGGCGAAGCACAYUCACCAAAGAAGAGUUGGUUUUCAAUGAAAAUCCACCAAGUAAUUUUGAAAUUGAGUCUGAACCAGAUGCAAAGAAAGCAAGACGUAGUACGUUYACUGUUGAUUCUCCCAAUCCUUUUAAAGAUGUUGAAGGAAGUAAACCAGAGAAAGCAGCAAAAAGUCAAAGUAAAUUUCAAUCAAAGUCAAUGAAACCAAAGCUACAAAACAAAACCAUGAAGGUGAAAGAAAUUCAUCCUAAAAGUAGGAGUGUCAAGAAAGACUUGCCCAGAAAGRUUCCCAUAAAACGCCCAGAAACUUCAAAACCACCUCAAAAAAGUAUGAAUACUUCAAUCAAGAAACCUGAAGAAAGAAAAUCAACUUUUGCUGCCAAACCAACAGGAAAGAAACCAACCCAAACAAUAAACUGUGCUGUUCCAACUAAACAGUCAAAUUUCCACAAGACAUGUGUAGUCAAGCCUCCAAAAGCAUACACACAUGAUAAGUCUUUAUCAAUGAGACAAAGACUUGAGAUGUGGAGAAARGAAAAAGGAAUAGUAACGCAAUUGCCAAAGACUCCAUUAAUGCAAAGAAAGCCCAGUGCAAGCAAAGAAAAGAACAAAAAUUGUACAAAAUCAGGAAUAAUAAAGAAAGAACAGAGUCAACCACUGCAAGUGAUUGAAAAUGAAAAUACUAAGAAGGAAACCACUUCUAACAUCAAGGAAAAGAUUCAAGAAUAUCUUGAAAGAUUGAAAUCAGAAGAUAAUAAUUUUGAUGAGAUGGCCUGCCAAUUGGAUGAAAUACCAAAGAACCACAAAGAGGCACUUCAGUUUGCAGAAUAUUGGGUUUGUAGGGCAGAGAUAGCUAAAAAAAGUGGUGACCACAGUAGGGUGUUGUGUUUAUAUCAACAAGCAGUUGCCUUUAAUGCUGAGCCUUCAAGUCUUAUUCAAGAGAAAAUGUCUACUUUKACCAUGGACACAAACACACUACAAGAAAAUAAUCAAGAAAAACUCAAACAAGAUUAUCAAGCAAUGACAGCAGGAAUUUCUAACGAUACGGAUUGCCAACAGCAGCUACACCAACCAAGUGAAGUUCCAACUCAUGUGACACCAAACAAAGCAACUUGUACUGCAGAAUUCAUUUCUCCAUCUUCAACCAUCAGAUAUAGUGUGACAAAGGCUACUCCAUACAGAAGCAGACGAAAGACAUGUGAAAGACCAACAGUGACACCUGUUCGUAGAUCCGUCAGACUUGAGAGGCGYAGCAUCCAUUAUCCUCCAAUGUUACAGGACCACAAUCUUAUAGUCAGRCAUUUGGAUGAUCUCCCUUGUGACAUCAAGGAUGACGUUUCAUUUAAACCUAACUUUACKGUGAAAUCUGAACUCAAUGAUGCUUGGAAAGAAAUAAUGGAAUGCUAGAUAYAUUUGUAGUUUAAAGAGUCCUGGA